GCCAACUCUGUACUCUUUAGUGUUGCUGAGAUCAGAUAACGAUGACCGAUUUCGAUUUCGAUAUUUAAUCGCCAAGCGCCAAGCGAUCAACAACUUUCGAAAUUAACCAUUUUUUUGUGUUUUGCGUGUUUUGUGCAAAUUGCAUUUUGAACGGGGAGAUUUCGAGUGAGACCGAACCGAUGGCCACGCUACGGAACCACACGGGUAAUGAGAAUUCCGGCGAGGACUCGCCUUGUGUAUGUGCAGCGGAGUGUGGCACUGCUCGGCACCAAGGUGCAGCCGCAUCAUUUUGCUCCCCUGCCGGGAAAUCUGGAACUAGCCCGCUUCUAUGUGGACCUGCACGCUCUGAUGGGCGCCUUAGACACCGAGGGCUCAGGGGCGGAAGUCCUUUGGUCCUGCGUGGCGCUCAUCCAGCACUGUAGUCGCAACCUGGAGGCUCGCCGGGCCAUUGUGGUCAAGUUCUGUUUUGUGCCGCUGCUGGGAAUGAUUCUGCGCCGCACCCAGCGGGCGGAACGUGUCCACCGGCUGCUGGUACUUCUGCAGGAUUUGACCUACGGCAUACAAAUCGACUGGGAGGAGCCCUACCUGGCAGCCCUGCUAGAGCACCUGGCAGAGAUAGUACACGGAGUAGAGGAUGGCUCUGCAAGGCCGACGAGGAGGAGAACUCGCACGCCCUGCUAGCUCUUUCUAUUCUGGUUAACCUCUGCUACAAGAACUUUGCCGUGCUGUUCCUCUUCCAAAGGAUUGUAAACAUCUCUGGAUUCUGUCGCCGCAUCCAAAACUAUGGUC